AUGUUAAAUAGCGAAGGAGCGAACAUCUUGCAGGUGGCAGUUGCAUAUGAUCUGCCUCUGAUAAGCACAUUCUUCCAGAAAAGAAAAAACCACCCGCUAAUUUGCAAGAGCGGGCGGAAGAAAAGUCAGAUCGACUACUUCCCAAUCCGAAGGAACGAACUGAAGAACUUCAGAGAUAGCAGGGUUAACCCCGGGGGAAUCUGUUACAAGCCAGUAUCAGCUAUUGGUUCUAGACCUCUCCUUCUGAAACAGCCAUUCAGGCGAUGGGCACGGCGAGAGCCCCAGAAGAUAAGGCAGUGGAAACUUGAAAGGAAGCUGAAAGAAGGGUUCAAAAUGGAAGUUACGAGAAAAAUGACGAAGGAAGAUUGGAAUAGGAAAAAGGACGAAGUAUGGGAGCAGAUGUCCAGCAUGAUCAUACGGAAUGCUAGAGGCCUAGUCGGCGAAACAGAAGGCAUGGCACGUAUCCAGGAAGAAACAUGGUGGUAG